AUGCCGAUCCUCAACAGUCUUAUCAGACGGAAGACCGCACCAGAAACACCGUGGAUGCAUGGAGACGCUUGCAUAUUUUUGGCCGGCCUACCAGCCGCGUUCGAUGAAGUGGCGAGGACACCCGUUGGCCAUGAAGACGCGCUGGAGGUAACGUAAUUCAGGCUUUUGUUCUGCGGCUCGUUGUAGUGUCUCUGCACUUCUGCAGAGUGUUCGCACUCCGUUGCGUUUGCGGCUUAAGGGGUGCUUACUUUGGUAGCUAGGGGUUUUGCGUGUAUUAGAAACAUUCCUAUAGACCAUUGUUUUUAGGUGUCCGUUGGAUUUUCGAUGCAGGAGGACGUCAAGGAACGGCUGUUGGUUGUUGAUUUCCGCCACCAUUUUAAACCGGAUGUCAAAGAAAUCUGAGUCCAUGACAUCGUGGAAUGUUUGGACUGACUUCUGAAGAAAUUCAAAAGCCGCAAAUCUUCAAUUGAAGAUUUAAGGUCCAGUUAAAUUAUAUCGUUCAUCCUCCCCAAAUGAAGACAAGGAAUAAGGGGCGAUUUUUCGGAUUUCACUGUGCUUGUGUUGACGCUUGGGAAACUUCCUGCUUUCCAUUAUCAGAGUAAUGGGGGUGUCAGUUCAUGCUAGUCUUGAACUGUUCUGUCUCGCCGCCUGUCCCGUGUCACAGGCAUGCCUUACGCACAAAUUCUGACCUGCCUUCUGGCUAAGGAUUGUCUUUGGUCUCCCCGCGGGCGAUUGCUGGUUCACUCGUGUGACCUCUUUCCCCCGCGGUCGCGGGAUCGAAUGCCAGGUGUUGCACGCCUCGGAUUGACGGCGGCCAAUAAGCCAAAAAUGGCCAUGUGUAUGCAUUUAUACAUUAGGAAGAUGGAAUUCUGUGGGAAACAGUAAACUGCAUUGUGCAAAUUUUUGAGACUGGUUCCCCAGCUCGUCUUCAGACAACGGGCGUGCAAAAACAAUUAACUUCUAGACCGAGUCUGACAAAAGGAUUCUAUAAUUGUUAAAGUCAUCUUCUCGGGAUUCGGAUGAGUCAGUUUGAAUCUGUCCUUAACGAUUUUGUAUGUGGCAUCUAGAUCGAUAUGCCGGUUGAUGCAUGCCUCAUCUGAGUGCAUUGCCUCCGGGAAUUCGCGGCCUUUGCUUAUUGGGCAGGCGCCAACAAUGCGAGUGUUUUCCCAUGCAAGUUUGUGCCAAGUGUCUAGUGUGUGCAUGACCACCUGAGAUAGAUGGUCGCGUCUCUUUACCGCUAACUGAUGUUCAUGUAUAGGGGUUGAGAUAGAUUUCCCAGUUUAGCCACAAUGGACGGCAUCAGAACUAGAACAUGGGAUUUUAAAGACAACACUUUUUCUUUCAAGGUAGCUAACCCUGUUCUUAGGGUGUAAAAGCUGUGUGUGUAAGGUUGUUGCCGGCCGGUGCGCUACGUGUAUCUGAUACUUUUUUGAUUGUCUUUCGACUAGAAGAAGAAGAAGAAGACGAGGAAGAGGAGGAGGAAGAAGAAGAAUAAUGAUAAGAAGAAGAAAAAGUAGACGGGAAGGCGAUUGCGGGACCAAUUGUUUAUUUCUUCGACGUUUCGAACUCUCGCGUUAGCCUAUCGGAAAAAAAACAAAAAACCGUAUAAUUCAUUGCACAUUUAGCUCACCUCUGCCGGAGAUGGCCUUCAACUGCGCUACUGAUUUGUUUACGCAGUGCUUGACAAGUGAUUGACAGUUCGGUAUGUCGAUUGAUGGAGUCCUCAGUUGAGUGCCAGGCUUCCUGCAGCAGGCGCGCCCAAAGUCAAAGUCGUGCUCUGGCGAGGAGGCGUGGACGGCUACCGAGGAGAGUUUAUCCUUUCCUCUCAUAGCCAACCCAUGCCUGUGCAGUCUCUUUCGAACAUGCUUGGGUGUCUCACCAAAAUAAUUGGUUUGACCACAAUCGUAGUCUAUGCGGUAAAUGACCCCCGAUUUCUGACUGGUGGGAAUGGGGUCCUUGGGGUGCAUGAGUUGCCGGCGUAUUGUUGCUUCAGGUCUGUGAGGGACGCCAAUCCCAAAUUCGAUCAUUAGUAUAGUGAGUUCUUCUGACACACCGGCUAUGUACGACACUGCGCGCCAGCAUUUCGGUUUUGGUUGCCCAUUCGGUUUACUUCUCCGUGUUUCUCGCCUGCACUUUUCGACGGAUUUCCCAGGGUAGCCGUUCGCUGUGAAGAGUUUCCACAGCAGGAACUGGACCUAUGACUUCUUGUGUGAUGGCUCAGUGUAAUGGGUUUCUACACGCCAGUGGAAUGUUGUCACGCAGCUGGGGUUGCGUGGAAGGGGGUUAUUGUUAAGAAAACUUAGAAUACGAGAGGUAUUCGUCGUCUUCCUGCAAAUUGUUAUUUUUAGCUUCCUAUCGCCUUUUCUCUGAACUACUGUGUCUAGAAACGGCAACUGGCAAUCUUCUUCUUCCUCCAUCGUGACCUGGAUAUCUGGGAUGAUCAGGUUUAGAUAUUGCGUAACGUCCCUAAUGCUGUACGGAUUGGUGAUAACAAAUGUGUCAUCAACAUACCGCACACCCUGUCGUGGUCAAUAGUGGUCAAAAGCCAACGCUGUAACACUGUCUCAACGAUCAAGCUGGAGAACGGCAACCCCAUUGCUGUAGCUUUAACUUGUUCGUAAACAGCUCCAUUGAGGGCAAAGAAGGUCUUCAGGCAGCACUUUAGUAGAUCAAUAAGGUGUUUCAUCUUGAGUUUUUCGUUCAUCUCGUUGAAAUUAUACUACUUAUAGUGCUACUUGUUUAUAGGGUGGGCACUACAUGAUUAUUCCACAGUAAUUGAUUGUCUUCGACUUAAAUGUCUGUUGAACUUUCGGUUCUGACCCUAAAAAGUAAUGUCCAGGGAAGUUAGCUCCAUGUCCUGCACCGAAUAAUACCUGAAAUUAUUACCUUGAUAUGUAUAUUUACAUGCAUAUGAGUCAAUAGAUACAUGCAAACUGAUGAAACUAUGUUAGAGCCAGUAGCGACAAACUGGAUAAUAAAUGCCGUUAUCUUUUUUUCCAUCCAAAAGGCAAAAGCAAGCAAUCGCGGCGUGAUCUACCCACAAUGGCGAAUGGUUUGGGCUGAACACAGCUAG